AUCUAGCAAGAUGUAAAUAAACGAAAACAAAACAGCACACGAUAUGGUUUUCAUGCAUGUUUCUUUCCGAAUACUGUAUAAACCACUGAAACAAUUACUAGUCAAACGCUGUCUCAGCCAAAAUAAGUGGUCGAAUUUAAUUGCAAAACGCAGGAUGGACGCAAGUGCAAUCGCAAGACCGAAUCCGGUCGUAAUGAAGAUUGACACCCCCGAAUUUCGAUCGAUUUUCACUAAAGAACUCGAAGACUUGAUCGCACUGUUCCGGAAAUACGGUCAUGAAAUUCGAAUUGCCGGUGGAGCGGUUAGGGAUAUACUCAUGGGAAAGUGCCCAAAAGAUAUAGACAUUGCAACAACAGCAACUCCGACGGAAAUGAAGGAAAUCUUCACAGAGGAGAACAUCCGAAUGAUAAAUAUGAACGGGGAAAAACAUGGAACUAUUACCCCAAGGAUUAAUGAUAAGACAAACUUUGAAAUCACCACUUUGAGGGUAGAUGCUGUGACGGACGGAAGACAUGCGGAAGUCAUUCACACCAAAGAUUGGCUCCUAGAUGCUAAUCGUCGGGAUUUAACCAUUAAUUCGAUGUUUCUUGGUUUCGACGGUAGCGUAUACGAUUAUUUCUAUGGUUACGACGAUCUCAAAAAAAAGCGAAUUGCGUUUGUUGGGGACCCAGACCAGAGGAUAAAAGAAGACUAUCUCCGAAUAUUGAGGUACUUCCGAUUUUAUGGUAGAAUUGCUGAUGAUGAAAAUAAUCACGACAAGGAAACACUGCGGAUUGUGACAAAAAAUGCUCAAGGUUUAACCAGGAUAAGUGGCGAGAGAAUUUGGCAAGAGUGGAAACAUAUUAUUACGGGAAACUUUGGUUGUGAUUUAACAAUCAGAAUGAUGAAGUGUGAAUUGGCUCCGCAUAUGGGUCUUCCGGAAAAACCCAAUAUCGAUGAGUUUGUCAGGGUGUUUAACAAUGUCAUUUCGGUGCAAAGCGAAAGACUACAACCAAUUACAGUGAUAUCGGCUUUACUUUAUAAUCCAGAGGAUGCUAUAACUUUAAAUCUUCGUUUAAAAUUCACUGUUUAUGAAAGAGAACUGUCGUACUUUCUCACACAAAACCGGAAAGAGUUCGAGUCAGUCAAUGAAAUCCUACCAUUUCAGCAGUUGUCCCUGCAAACACUUGGGAAUGCUAAUCUUAAAAAGGAGUACGUGCUUGAAUUACUUCGCUAUCACGGAAAACAUGAAUUAUAUAAUCAACUCAUGGAAUGGCAAAUUCCAUUGUUUCCAAUCAAAGGAAACUUGUUGAUUGAAUAUGGUGCCCCGAAAGGACAAAAACUCGGAGUAGUAAUGAACAAGUUGAAAUUGGUGUGGUCUUCGAACCAAUUCAAUAUGAGUAGAGAUGAUCUGUUGAAUCAUUUGCCAAAAAUAUUGGAAGAACUUAAUCUUGAAAUGGAGGAAAAGAGAAAAUAAGAUAAAAUUGCUAUGAAAAUACGAACAGUAAAUCUUCGGUUUCCUGCGAAAAUAGAAAAAUAUGUAUCAUAUGUAAAUAUUGUUUCAUUUGAAAACAAUAAAUGAAUCAAGAAUAAAUAAGU